AACUCAUCUCCAUCAUCUUAUUUCAAGUGCAAUAUAUCUAAUAAUCUUGUUUUAGAGGUCAAAACACUUACACACACACACAGACAAUCCAAGCUGGAGCCCAACUUUCAGCCUACCUGCAUUGCACAUUUUGUUGCAUGUAUUUAUAUAGUAUGGAGUGAAAUUUAUUGGUAGGACCCAGAUGGUUACCUUUUCCACUUGGUGCUCACUUACUGUACUGCCAAUUAUUGAUCUGCAUCUAACAUUCAGGAAUAAUUACCACUGAACCAUUGUGUAUCCCAUAGAUAAUCCCAUUGGCUCCUAUUGUCAGCCUGCAUCUGUCCCCAGUAAAAGGUUAUCUGGGCAGCUGUUGUUGCCUUCUCAUUCUUCAGCCUUGACAAAUUCUGCUUUUAAUCAAUGUUUUAAAAUCACAAAUGCAAUAUAAACUAAGCCAGGAGAUGUUUUUAUAGUGAAAUGGUUUUAUAAUGUGACUGCGCUUCUGUACACGUGAAUAAAAGCUUCUGUUAAAGAAGCUGUUUGCUAACACUUCACUAGUUUUGUGAUUCUGUACUUUAUCUUUAGAGAAGCAACACAUGAAUCUAACAACUCUGACAACUUACACCAGCCUCUGCAGCUUUUCAAAAAGGAAGUGGAAAGAUCAGAGUGUUUUUCAGUCAGUCGAUGGACAGACAGGAUGCUGGUAACACCGUUCUGCCUUAUGUUGACCUGUCUUCAGGUCCGCCCUGACCGCUCCCAGUUCUUCCGCUACGACUCCAUCUUCCUCACAUGUGAUGAUCCUCUGAACUCCACCGGCUGGAAGGUGAAGAGGCGAACUCCAGACAGCGGGGUCAGGCCCUGCUCCUCAGGCUGGGGCUCCGCUUCCUCUGGCUCCACCUGCAUCAUCGGAAACACCUACCCAACGGACACGGGGGUGUACUGGUGCGAGUCAGAUAGAGGAGAGAGAAGCAAUGAGGUCAACAUCACCAUAACUGAUCGCGCAGUAAUUCUGGAGAGUCCUGCCAUGCCGGUGUCAGAAGGAGCUGCUGUGGUUCUUUACUGUAAAGCUCAGACAAACCGUUCCCAGCACAAAUACAACUUCUUUAAAGACGGCCGCAUCAUCAGGAGCAACUGCUCAGGAGAGAUGACCAUUCUCAGGGCUUCCCGAUCCGACGAGGGACUCUACACCUGCAGCGCCUCAGGGCUUGGAGAAUCAGAAGGAAGCUGGCUGACAGUAUUAGGUGAUGGAAAUGAUCAACAGAUUCAGCUCGCACCUCUGCCAGUGCCAUCUUCAGCCCCGCCCACAGCCUCGGUUUCCUUCACUGCUUCCAGACUUGUGUGCCACCUGAUAGUGGGAAUACCUUACCUGUUGUCCACCAUCUUACUUGGACUCAUUUACAGGGACAGGAAAAGAGCUGCUCGGAUAUUUGCAGAAAAGAGGAAAAAUCUUGACGUUUUCAUGGAAAGGAUCGUGUGACUCAUCUGCAACACCCGUUGAGCUCAGAGAAUGCUCAACCACACGAACCCAGCGAAACGCUUCUAGAAUCAAAAGAAGCGUCAGGAUUUCUUUCCACAGAGGGACCUUUGUUUUUUUUUUACAUUGAGUUCAGAUACAUAACUCGUGUUAACUGUGAAGAGGAAGUAAAGAAGACGCCCGUGUGGGUUUGUUUCAAAUAACAUGUAUGUGGUUUAAGCUGCUAUCAUCAGCUUUUUCUCCAGCCCUAGCUUUCGCACCUCUGUAGGUCAGCUGUGGUUGGUUUACAGGAAAUAGAGUGCGUGUUGUUUCUCAGAAGAGGGGGUACUGAGCUACAUUUUUAUCCAUAAAUAAGCAGAAAUUGGGUUUAAACCCAUCAUAACUGAAAGAAGGACGCACCUACCCUUUCUACACAGAAUGAAAUGAAAUGAGGUUUGAACAUCUUUGUUUUAUUUUAACGUAAAACAGUUCACAUUACAACUCCAGUAAUUGGUGAAUGAGGUUUUUUUUUUUUCUACUGUGUUCUGGUACUCAGACAAAACCUGCUUAAAUUUACUCAGGACAUCAUCUUAUCCCUGUUUUUAUUGCUGUUGGAAGUUAGUCUUGUUUCUGAUGAUUAAACAGGACGUCAAAACUCACAUGAUUAUAAAGUUAAACUCUAAUUAAUUGAUGAAUUGUUGGAUCAAGGAAGAUAGAAAAGCUAAAAUGUAGGACGAAAAUGUGAUUAGGGUUUACUGAUAAUUGUAUGUAUGUAUGAUUAAAAAACGUAGCACACGACCUGCCGUCAGUGUAAACCGAGGAAAAAAAAUCCUAAAUAAUUUUUAGACCACUGCUGUAAAUAUUGUGUUACA